GCUCGAGUGAUGUGUUUUUCGGCCAAUGCGUCCGCGUACUGCCCCUGCGAGGGCGGGGCGAACCAAGAACUGUGAGACAUUUCCGUGUGUAAAUAAAUUGAAGUUUUGGGGAGGUGUUUUUGUAGAGAAACAAGUGUGUUACUAGGCAGGAUAUAUAUGUACCACUCUCGGAUCACAUGAUUUUCAGAAGACAAAUGCAAGGCGGCACUUCUCAUGGAGGAAGUACCAACUAAAGCCAUGUCAAGUUGUGAGGACUUUUAAAUGUACUUUUCUUUGCGAUGUGUAUGCGGGAAAAAGGAGCUAAACUGGAGUAUACACGUAUGCUGAAGUUAAAGCGAACUUUCGACCUGCACAGAGAUGUGGUGUGUGAUCUGCGCAAGAAAGAAGCGUCAGUCUGCAGAGUCAAAGAAUACUCUGGAGAGGUAGACGCGCGUAUUCUAAACAUUGAGUGUGAUGGGGGCAUCCUUUACUCCUGGAAGGGAGCCACAGGAACCACCAGAGUUGGGAAAUAUGAUCCCAAAACAAAACAAAACAAGCUCUUGUAUACCUUUGACAAGCAGGUGUGUGUAAGCAGCUGUUCCCUGAAUAAGGAGGAGACACUGUUAGCUGUGAGUCUGGCACAAAAUACAGCAGAAGUUGGCGGGAUCAAACCAGUGGUCAAAUGCCUCACCCUGCUCAUAGAAAUCCACCCCAUCAACAACACAAAGGUCCUGAAGGCAGUGGACUGUAGGGUCAAAGUUCAGUUCCUCCAUCAAGAAGAGGCUGACAGGAGAUCAGUGCUGGAGAGCCACCUGCUGCUGCUCACUGAAGAUGGCUAUGUAGACCUGUACCACAUUUUGCUGACCAGGCAGGAGGGCUACAGAGUGGUGAUGGUGAGUCCCGAGAGACUGACCAGAACCGCAGAGAGGAUUGUAGAGGACCUCUGCUGGGUCCAGUGGGAUGGGCACACACAGAGACUGUACUAUGUGACUCAUAAGGGCAAGUUCCUGCUGCGAUGUGUGCAGUUCUAUCCAAAUCACUACUGUGAAACUGUGCUGGAGCUCCCAUUGGAAAUGCCGGCUAAUUCAUUCCCAGCAGUCAAGUUUGUGAAUCUGGGUUUCGACCAUUAUCACACAGCGAAACCAGAGCAGGAGCUUGUUAAAAUGGAAGUGUUCACAGACAGAAUAGGAAGCAUGUGCAUCUGCUACAAUCACCCUUUGAACAAAAACAGCAAAGAAGUGGUCUACACUCUGUCUCUUGUCCACAAAGGCUGCAGUAAAACGUUUCAUGUGUCUCUGGGCAGCGUGGAGUUACCGGAGAGAAGUGCUCAGCUUCAUCCUCUCUUCAUCCCCAUAGGUUACUACAUUAUGGUGUACGUGAAGGGCUAUUUCCUACACCUCAUAAACACAAGGCAGCAGGAGAUGCUCUGCCACUCUCUGUUUCUCUCUGGUCAUGACGUGGACUUGGGUCUGCAGUGGGGAACGGUCGACGUCAUGGUGGUGCAUUCGGAGGAAAAGGCCAGUGUAUCUCUGCUGGAGCUGAGCAGUGGGAGGGUCCACUCUGCAGAGCUCAGUGCUGCUCACCUGCUGCAGAUACUCAGAGCUGACAAGGCUUUUAAGUGUCCCGACUGUGAGCCUGACCCUGCGCGCCUGGCUGCCCUUCACUGCCUGCUGGUUUACAUGGGAAACGACCCAAAUCUGGAACUCAAGAUUAUUGAAUGGCUGUGCGACGGCGUGAGCACCUUCCAGUCUUUUGAUCACAUCCAGGAGUUCAUUCUAGCCUCUUUGUACAGAAUCUGUUAUGAAAAAUCUCUGAACCUGGACAAACUCCUGCCCUACUCCUCUGUGUCUGACAAGAAGGACAUACCAAAGAGUUUGCUGGAGAUCCCUGGAGUAAAAUGCACCACGGAGCUGCAUACAGAGACUAUCUUCAAUAUCAAGCAGUCACACUCACACAGCGGCGGAAGGAGUCGGGCCAGCAUCCUCUCAGGUUUUUGGUCCGAGCUGCAGUGGAACACGGAGAGGACAAAAUACCUGGAGGCCGUCCCCAACCCCAGAUACAGGACCUCACAUGUCCGGGCCGAGUGGGACAGGCUGCUGAAGUCAGAGCGGAGACCUUCAAGCCACACCAAUCACAUCGAGGAGAAUACCAAGAAAGUGCUAUCAAUGGUGGACACAUGGAGUCUUGAUAAGAAGGUGGUGCCACUUUUCCAAGAAGAGGAUGCUCAACAGAGGGCGCUAAUCGGCCUGACGGUUGACAAGCUGCGAGAUCAUCUCAACAGGCACCUCCCUCGUUUGGGGAAGAAGAAAAUUGACUCACUGGUAGUCAGCUAUGUGGCCAAACUGCUGGAGCUCAUAAGACACAUGCUGGAGACCGUCUGGCUCAAAUACAAGAUGGGCCCACGUGCUUUGUGUCUUUCCCAGCGGGGCAGUGAGGCAGACUGGUCCGUGUUUCAUUUCAUGUUUCGAAUCCUUGAAGCUGCAGUUGGCCUGUGCCUGCCUCUGCCUCCUGGCUUCCAUACCCUGUUAGCGGUGUUGGCUGUGCGGUGCCUGCCUCACCACAGUUUCCUCCAGUACAUUGACCACAAACUGCUACAGCUCACAGAGACAUUCGUGGCUCGGCUAAUGACGGAUUUGGACAACAGUGACGCCAAUGAGAAACUGAAAUUCAGCAUCCUCAAGAGACUACCUCAGCCCAUGAAGCAGACCAUCGUUCACACGUGGGAUCACCCCAUCACCUCGGCCUCAAUAUCCAGAGACUAUGUUCACACUCUGCUGGAGAAACACAACAAAACAAAGGGAUUUGCACUGAGCGGCAGAGAGAGGCCUGGCUUCAGACCCGAGUUCCUCCCUCUCACCUACCUGGCAAAGAUGCUCUCUGAUAUCGAGGAACAAGGCACAAACCCAUUUGAGGAACAAGAAAAUGUGGACACCAGAUUUGUGGAAGAGACCGCACUAAAACAGACAUUCAUUCUUCUCGGUUUUGAGGAAAACUGAGUAACAAAUAUGGCAUCGGGGACGAGUCUGCGGCCGUGGAGCAGAUGGAGAGAUGGAUGGACAGAAACAGCUCAAGGGGAAAAUGUGUUUGAACGCGACGCCAUCGACUUUGGGCCUGGAGGACAAGUAACGGCUGGAAGAAUGACGGAAACCCAGGACCGAAAAGAUGAAUGCAGAGCGUCUAAAGGCACAGGGCCCAUAAACAAGCUGUGACGAUUAGAUGACAAAUUAAGGCGGGCUGCUUGGAUAAAUGGGACGUGAGGGGAGAAUAGAAGUGGCAGGAAGAUAUAUUUGGCCCAGACUGAAGAAAAUACAUCUAAUUUUUGCAAUGGAUGCUGCUGCACAAUGACCACAGUGCAAGGGGAGAUGACAAUUGUGGGGUGAUUGUUUGUAAAAUAUGGUAUAUCAGUUAAAUUGCGCUUGAACUAUCAUCUUUGUUACCAUGGAGACACAAUGCACACAUUAGCGAACACCGGCAAGUACGAUUUACGAUUGAAAACUCAAUGAUAAAUACACAAUGGAUUUAAACAACACGUUUUCAGGGGCCUGUGAUCAGUAUGAGCAUUCACGGCCCUGUUUCUCUCCUGUUGUAGUUCCAGCUAAAUCUGUUUUUAUGGUGAUUUUUUCAUUCAGUUCAACUUCAUGUACGUUUUUGGUAAGUUAACAACAUUAUAACAUGGCUUAAAGCUCACAAGAAUACAUUUUGUGUUAUACAGGACGUUUAAUGAAGUAAGAGUUUCAGUAAAUCAAAUAAAUAACUGUAUGAAGAAAUCAAAAAACACAAUGUCCCCUACUUAAAGCCUCUCUUCACAUACACUUUUAAACUCAUAAACUGCAGUUUUAUGAAAUAUAUACUCCUCUACAAUAUCUUGUUUGCCUCUAAUGACUAGAUCUCUGUUUAAUUUUUACUAUGCCCUACAAGUAAUAGCGGGACCACCUGGCAGUAUCAUCACAGUGCAUAUGCCCAUUUACUUUAUUAUUACUGGGCCAAUCAACAGAGGGCUGUUUAUGGCUUUGUCUCUUCAUUAGAACCUCAUCAUAAAGUAGCAGCCAGUGAGAUGAUGUGGAAUGAUAUCUUAGCAUCUUAUUUUUACCAUUGCCAGAGCGCCCUGAUAAAACUAGGAGUCUACAAAAUGCAGGACACUGUAAUACACUUUUUUAUAUUACACAAAAUUGACUCCUGUCAGUUUUAAGUCAUGUUCAAAUGUUGUUACGUCCUCAAAAACGUACCUGGAGUUGUGUUUUGUUUCAUUCACACGUGUUUAGGCUGCCUACAAAUCGAAAGCUCAGAAUGCUCUGUUGCACCUUGUGAUGUCAUGCAGUGGUAGUUUUCAAGUUAAAAGCUACUUUUUACUAGCCAGGCUGGCACCAGGAAUGGAAUCGGAAUACACUAGACAGUUUGCAAAAACCCUGGAAGUGUUCGGAUACCAGCCAAUCAGCGAAGAGCCAUACGUUCUGUGUUGGCAACGAUUCCCGAGAUCGAGGAUUUAAAGCCAGAACAAAGAGAAUGUUUGGUGAAUUUUAUCAAGGGGAAAGAUGUUAUUGCCCUUCCUCCUACGGGAUUUGGAAAAAGCUUAAUAUACCAGUUAGCCCCGUUAGCAGCACAUUACAUACAUCACGACCAAAUAGCAAUGAUUGGAAAAAAAAGUACCUGCCUGUCGUCGAGUGAACAAAUUCUAAUGUUGCAAGGUCAGAUGGUUUCUAUGAAAUGAAAUCGGCUGAUGAAUCAGGCUAACUUUUUACUUUUGUUUUGUAGAAAAGGGCAAUUCCAAGGCUUAUCCAAAUGAUGAUAGUGGAGGUGUGUGGAUUUUAACUUCCUGUAUUACCAUUUGACAUCACAAGGUGGAACAGAGUGUUUUCUGUUUGGGAGAAGAACUCAGCCUCAAUAUGCAGGAUUUAUGUGCGAAUGAAACAAAACAAAACUCUGGAUAUGUUGAUGAGAAACAACAUUAUAACAUAGAUUAGAAAAUAGCAUAAUAUGGGCCCUUUAACAAUUAAGAAUAAGAAAAUAUAUCAUAUAGGGAUUACGAAUCAAGCAUUACUCAGGUAAACAAUUGUGGCUGUUGGUAUUUUUAAUCCAAGUGUGCAAAGUGAUUUUUAGGGAUCAUGAUUAUAUCUAUUGCGCUAAACAUUUCCAUAAAAUAAAGCGAACAAAAAUAAACUAUGAAAUUGUUCCGAAUCAUGUGGAAAGUCAACAAAAGUGAAUUUUAAAACAGAGAUUCACAGUAACAUUAUAAAUAUUUAAUUAUGUUUACUGUAUCAACAAAAGCCAUCUAAACUAAUACGUUCCAAAAGUCUUUUACUCUAAACCUCUUAUGCACCGUUCAAAUACUCCACAACGUCCCGCAGCUUCUCCAGUAAUUUAUAGACACCGAUGUCAAAAACGGCAGAGCAUUAUUAUAAAUCAAAUGCACUUGUUUGUCCCUCUGUGCUUCCUGUAACUCUGCACCCCAUCACUUUGAUUACAUGCUGACAAGAGCUUUGAACACACUGAACCCGAUACAGACACUCAGCAGCGGCAGCCAUUUUAAAAUACUCGCAUUCACUGGAUUUACAAAGAGGUGAGAUAUUAUAUUAUACAGUGACGUUGAGCUGAGAGUGGCUUUUGUGACAGCUAAUACACCAAAAAUACAACUCAUCUGUUACAGAGACUCCUGUGAGAUUCUGCUGAAAAAGGGUUUUGUUUGUAUAACCUGGUCACCUAGUAUUUUAGUCAGUGGACCUCUUUCUGUGGGACUUUAGUGAUCAUGCAGUAAUUAUCAAUGAGAGAAUUACAUCUUAAAGCAGAACUAUUAUACAAAAUAAACCUUUUAGAUGUUAGUUGAUAGUUGUUUCGCCUCACCAUUUACCCACCCAAAGUUGUAUUUGGAGUGAUUGUUUGAGCAGUCUUUAACCGCUUAAAUCGCCAUUUUGUCAUCACCACCAGCACAGGCCCAUUGCUCUGUACAGUCGUCCCUCACUAUAUCACGGUUCCCCUUUUGCGGUCUCGCUGUUUCACAAAUUUUUUUGUGUGCAAUUUUCUUGAACGCGCAUGGUGUUCCUCCCCUUGUGUCCUGAUUGGCUAAGGAACUGUAGACCAUUGUCAAUCAAACUCCUCCGUGUCGUGUCUCUUGUACAGUACAGAAUGCCUUCAGCUUGACAAAUUGACAUAAAUGUUUGACCUGUAGCAGUGUGAUUCUGAAGAGCUGUAUGUUUGUGAGUUUUCACCUCGACGAAACGUUUUGACCCGACAAACGCUCCUGCGGUCGCACCCAAAAGGCAGAGGCAGAUGUAACCAUCGCACAAAAAGCUGGACCUUUGAACAUGCUGAAGGAAGGUAGAAGUUAUGUGGCUGUAGGGCGCCAUUUCAUAAAUUAAUCUUCAGUUCGUUACAUAAAGAAGGAGGAAAAUAACAUAAGGACGACAGCAGCGAUACUGUCCUGUCUGAAAAAAGUGUUUAAAGUGUGGGGUGAGGGGUUUUACAGCCUUAAAACAUAUAUAAUGAUAAAGCUGACUAUUUUGCGUAUUUCGCCUAUUGCGGGUUAUUUUUAGAGCGUUACCCCCCGUGAUAAACGAGGGACCACUGUACUUCAUUCUCCAAGUGUAGGAUUCGACAGUGUAGUCAUUGUGGUUCAGAUGGAAAAUCUCGCCCUAGUUAUGUUUAGGGUAACAUCAGCUCCCUUUGUGCACAGCAGGUUUCUAGAGCGGAAGUCAGCGCACUUGUUUCAGAAUAAUAUUACAAUUUAAAAUGUCCAAGUUUUAACAUAAUGAUCCAUGGAUGUCAUAGAUUAUAACUAUACAGCAGACACAAGCACAGUAGGUCUUCUUUAAAUGUCCCUUUUGUCAAUGUUUAUGACAAUUACAAUGUAGAUAUAAAAUAAUUUGUUAAUGUAAUACAAUAAUAUCCAGUCACAAAUUCUCAGCAAAUACUCCUUUAUGAUAUAGAGUUGUAAUUGACUUUUAACUUGAAUUUAUUUUUUUAAUAACAUUGUGGUUAUUAUAAUGCAUAUAAUCCAACUAUUAAUUAUAAUAUCUCCUCAUUUAG